AGCGGGCGGCUACCCGGCCGAGCUGCACGACGAUGGUGUCUCGACGUUCCGCCCAAGCCAGUAACGGUCAAUUGGCACUCGACGCCGGUCGAUCCGUUCUGAUGUCCCUUCUGUCUCUUGGUUUUGAUAAUGUCACCUUGGUAUCUCCCACGCGAUGCAGCUAUCCCAUACCUCUACUCUGCUUACACCAGGACUCGUUUCCUUUUACCCUUUACCAAUCGGGCUUUUGCCAUCGUUUGUGCUAUCCCCCUCCCUUUUGUGCCCAUUUAUAUCCGCCGCCUAGCUCAUGGUCCCUUCCUCCUUGCUUUUCCUCUGGUCUCCAAAACGCUUUCCUUGCCCUGUUUCUCUCAAUCAACCACACCCUGUCUCACUGCUUCUUCUCUUUCCCCGCGCCUAAUCAACCCACCAAGCUACCGAAUCCACGACGCUCUUUCUUUGCCGCUCUCCUGCUUCCUCCUCCUCUGCUUCCUCCUCCUCUGCUCCCCCUUGUAUCCUCCGUACCGCUCUUGUACAUACCCAUGCGUACAUCCUCACAACUGCAACCGCAACUGCAGCUGCAACAGCCAUCACCACUCUCCCUCUAUCUCCCUCAACGAGGAUGGCAAGAAAGCGAAAACAAAACGACGCAAAGCCGUCUGGAAUGUUAAUAGUACUUUUUUUUUAUUUUUUUUGGAACUGGGGACAGUAGCACCAAUUAUUACUCGAGCUCUCCCCUCCCCCACCCAUUAUUGGCACUCCUCACAUCUCUCUCCCCACCCAAAUGUAUAUUUGCAGUGAAACGCCUGUGAUUUUUCCUCGAUUUUGUUGGGACGUGUCUUCCUCUUCACGCACCCUCCCCCCCCUGCAUCUAUCGUUACUCAUUCUGACCCGAUAACACCCUCGGGCUGUACACUACUGACAUCCCUUUUGCUCGUCAUCGGGUCGCCCGAAGCAAUGUCUCUC